GGUCAAACUGACCCUCUGUGCAAAGACAGUGACUUUUACCUCUCGCUCGCUAUGCUUUAUUUGUAGAAGUAAACAUUCGCUUUCGCUUUGACCCAUAAUUUCUCUUUCUUCUGAUUUCGCCCUCAACCUUCCUGCCAAUGACUGUUACCGCAACAGCAGGGUCAAUGAUCCCAGCUACUGGGGCCUGGAUUAUCCUCCCCCUCACCACCUACCAGAGUUACAUUCAUGCCCAUUUCCUCAAAUCUUUUGACCCUGAUUCUUUUUCUCUCUUCAAUUCCCAUGGUUAUGAGUCCUAUCUCGGCUCUUCUUUAUUUCAUGUUUGGUUUGGCCCUGACCAAUUGACCAUAGCUGCUGUUGCUGCUACUAUUCAACAGAACAAGCUUAUGCCUUAUGUAAAGCAUAGGUUUUAUUUGCUUGAAUGCCCAAGUUAGCAUUAUGAUGAGGGCAUAUCUUGCACCAGCGUUUUUCAGCCAUUAGGUAAGUGUUGUUUACCUUGGGCCACUUAAUUUUUUACUUCAUCUUCUUUAGCAGUUCCUAGCAUCAUUAAAUAUGAUUAAAAUUUGCAGUGCAUGAGAAGUCGGUUCCGCUUCCAAUUCUGCCUCUAAGCUAGCUAGCUCUUGAUGGGCCACAACCUUUGAUGUGGUUAACACAUUUUGCCACGUUCUCAAUGUUUCCUCUUCUACGACAUGACAGACUGGUUCUUGCAUCCAUGGCUCUGUAUUAUCUCUUCUUUCUGGUUUAUUCUGUACCUAGUGUGAGACGACGUGGUGUCAAACAACUCAUCAAAGCCAAAAGGCUGAAAAAGGCGAGAAAACCCAUCAUUUAUUUGCUACUCCUCUGAAAGUUGUAAUGGGCUUCAUUUGUUUAUG